CACGGAUCUUCGCGCAUCUGGUCGUCAUCAGCUGCAGCAGCUCUUCCUGCUCAGAUGUGACUCAACCAGAGUGGGAAGAAAACUUCUUCUUGUUUUCACACCGGCCCGGUUCGGUUCUGGGACUGCAGGACCGACAGACGCCUGUGAUUCUGCCGCUUCACGCGCACCGCUGGAUGGAUUGGCUGCGGCGGGUCUGACGACGAACGAACUUUGAAGUUUGUCCGAAGCCUUCUGGAUCUGGAUGUGAACAGAUCCACCCUCAGCUCGGAGGAGCUGAGUUUGUUUUUCUGUUUCCUGGAGUUUCUCGUCCUGCAUGCACGGAUCUACUCAUCUGGCUCGUGAUUCUUCUCUUUCUUCCCUUUCUUUUCUCACCGCUCCGUUUUUUUCCGCUGUUCCCCAUUUGCGUCAUGACUUCUAGCUAUGCGCAUGUAAUGGACAGGCAAGCCACGAUAACAAACCGCCUGGAGAGUCCCAUCACGUCUAACCUGGACAACCUGCAAGCCAAAAAGAACUUCUCGGUCAGCCACCUGUUGGAUCUGGAAGAGGCCGGGGAAAUGGUCGGCAGCCAGGCGGAUGAAAGCGUCGGGGAGGCCGGGAGGAGUAUGCUGGAGUCCCCGGGGCUCACCAGUGGGAGCGACACGACCCAGCAGGAGAAUGAGCAGAUGAACACGGAGGAGAAGAAGAAGAGGAAGCAGCGCAGGAACCGGACCACCUUCAACAGCAGCCAGCUCCAGGCUCUGGAGAGGGUGUUUGAGCGGACGCACUACCCGGACGCCUUCGUCAGGGAGGACCUGGCCCGCCGCGUCAACCUCACCGAGGCCAGAGUCCAGGUUUGGUUUCAGAACAGGAGAGCUAAGUUCCGCAGGAACGAGAGAGCCAUGCUGGCCAGCAAAAACGCCUCCCUGCUCAAGUCUUACUCAGGAGAGGUGACGGCGGUGGAGCAGCCCAUCGUGCCACGCCCUGCACCGCGCCCGAAUGACUACUUGUCCUGGGGCAGCGCCGCCCCCUACAGCUGGUAUCCGAUGCCGGAGGGGGGGCCAGUGCGAGUGCCACAGAAAAUGCUGCCCUCAGAGAACAACGCCAUGGCAACUUACCCGCCCACCUGCUCCAACACCAACACAUCCCAGGGAAUGAACAUGGCCAACAGCAUCGCCAACCUGCGGCUCAAAGCCAAGGAGUACAGCCUGAACCAGGUGCCCACAGUCAACUGAGAGCCGGAGAGGGGAGGGGACCCUCGUUGCCGGCAUCAUCUCUCACACCCUGAACUGUGAAGUCUUCUCUGUUUUCUGGAGCAGCCAUGUUGCUGUACAACCACCCAGUGAUGGCAGGAUUUCCCCCUCUGAGGUGACCUCUCAUUUUUCUCCUGAGCAUCACCGAACUGAAAGACAUGGAGGCUGGAUGCUGAAUAUCUGCAUAGUUUUACAUUUGUGACUGAGACUGAAACGGAGUUCCAAUCGGAGGACUUGUUUUUUUAACAGACUCACUUGGACGACGUGGAAUCCACUUUGUUUUCUGUGGUGAGGAUCGAGUUACUCACCAAACGUUGGAUCAACUCCCGUCUCUCUCUUUUUUUAAACCAACCAACCAAAGACUUUCUCUGACAUUUACUCAUUUUUUUCUAAAGGUAGUUUUUUUCACUUUUCUUUCCAUGAUAUACCACUGAGGAGCAAACAUUUCCAUACAUUUUGAAUUUCAUGUUAUAGUCCAGUAUAAAGGAGAAGCUAAUGUAUUUCUGAAUUCAAAUCCAGUAGAUAAUUUCCUAUGAUAUCCUUUAUUUGUAACAGAACCUUGUAUAUUAAUAAAAAAUGUGUUUCAA